AUGGGGUUUGACUAUUGGUUGGUCCAUUUGACCUGGACGCUCCCGCCUGCGGCGCUACUCACAACAGCCUAUUGGCCGUUCUUCUCACGACUGGAUAUAGCCAGAAUAUCAAUUUUGACCAUUAUUGCGGUUUCUUGCACCAUACCAUGGGACUCGUAUUUGAUUCGCAAUCGUAUCUGGUCCUAUCCAGCCGAUGCGAUUGUCGGGUAUACAAUAUUCGACAUUCCAUUAGAGGAGAUAUUCUUUUUCGUCAUUCAGACAUAUAUCACGAGCUUGCUUUAUAUAAUCCUGACAAAGAAUCUGGUGCUCCCGGCAUAUUUGCUGCCGAGCAAGGGCGAUUUCACCAGUGUAUUUGGUCCUGCAGCGUUGGUGGCGGGAACCGGCGUUGGUAUUACGUGCAUGCUACUUGAAAGCCAUCUGAAGUAUCUCAGCUUGAUCCUAGUAUGGACUCUUCCGGUAUUGAUCUUUCAAUGGUGA